GCCUCUUUUUUUUUUUCCCCUAUUUAAAGCCUAUACACAAACACCGAUAGAUACACAAAUCGAAUCAAAGCUUAAAAAAAAAAAAAAAAGAAUAUUAACAAGAGUGUUUGGUUGUUUGUUUAUCGAAAGAGAAAAAUGGCAGCACUACCUGGAGGAGUGUCAGAUGUUAAGGGACAUGAGAACAGCUUGCAGAUCGACGACCUCGCUCGUUUUGCUGUCGACGACCACAACAAGAAAGAGAAUACACUGCUGCAGUUUAAGAAGGUGGUGAAUGCGAAACAGCAGGUGGUUUCUGGAAUAAUAUACAUUCUAACGUUGGAGGUGGAGGAUGGCGGGAAGAAAAAAAUUUAUGAAGCCAAGAUUUGGGAGAAGGCAUGGUUGAACUUCAAGGAGGUGCAGGAAUUUAAGCUCAUUGGUGAUGCCCCUACACACCAUAGUGCUUAAGUAGGUGACUGAAGAUUGGAUGGAUCUUGCAAUGCUCCAAGUUAAGAAGUAUAUUAAAACAUCGAAGGCGUGUUUUUAUUGAAAUAAAAUGUAAAUUAAUCUGAAUUGGUUUCUCAGCCUUCUAUUAUAACUCAGGAGCUGGUGUAUUCAUCUUUCAUUGUGACAAUAUAGCUAUGAAUUUUAAAAUGUUUACUUUCAUAUUAUCAAA